AUGAGGUUGAAAGCAAGCUUGAAUAUGAGUUUCAAAUUAAGUUUAAACGGCAGGGUCUGUGGAAUAUCCCAACAUUUUGGUAUUUUUUGGGAAAAUCUCGCAGAAUCCAAGAAAUCUGUAGAAAUGUCCCUUACAAUGAGCAGCACAUUAUAUUCAUUUAACGACGAAACUCUCAGCAAGCUGCGCAAGUUUCGUUUCGCCAGCGCUAGAGCGUCUACGAUGCAGGCCCUUGUUUAUCAAAUCGACAAGAAAACAUACGAGAUCAAGACCGAUGACGAGAUAAUCACGUCUCUGGAAGAACUGGUGGAAGAGAUCCCAGAUAAUACUCCAAGAUACAUCGUUCUGUCGUAUCCUAUAAAGACCAAGGACGGCUUGACCAAGUCUCCUUUGCUUUUGAUCUACUACAGGCCCCAGACGUCUACACAGGACAUGAAGAUGCUUUAUGCUGGAGCCGUGGAGUUGAUACGUGAAAAAGCAGGAGUUUCGAAGUGA